GUUUAAUUUUUUUUUGUUUAUUCGUACCAAAACCAUUAAGAAUUAUCGAUUUCAGUUUGAGAUAUAAUUGACCAAUUCGAGGUUUUUUUGUUUAUAAUGAUUUUUCGAUUGGGUUAACCGAACCACCACCCUAGUUGCAUUUGCAUAUCACUAUAUUAAGUGAGCGGAUAGAGUACAAAACCCUAGCCUGCAUAAACCUGCAAAACUCGAUGCCAUGAUACGAUUGAGUUUUGCCGGAAUUUCCGAGCCGGGAUUUUGUACCGGAACGCAGAAGCAGAACUAAUAUAAUUGCAUUCUUUUGGAUGAGCUAUAUAUGAGCUUGUUUCUCUCCACCUCCCGCUGAUCUCUUUUGAGUUGGACCACUCCGGCCGUCCGGCUUUGGGUCCUCUUAAUUGGCCGGCCGGAAUGAUUUGGCAAUCAUCGAUGAUCGGCAGCAAAAUGGGUAAACCGUAAAAGCCAGAAAGAGUUUCCGGUACCGUUAACUCUUCCCCCCCUAAAAACAAAGCGACCAACGAAGGAAGGCCCAUGCGCUACGUUUCCCUCGGAAAACGGCAUCAUCAUACGUCCAAAACGACAACAACUCCCGUCACCUAAUCAGAAGCAAAAGCAGCAGAGGGAUCUCCAUUUUCGAAUACUUCAACCUCCUUACUUACUUACUCCUCAUGACCAGAACACUAUAAAAAGGAAUAAUGGCGAUCACCGGCCAGCACACAGUAACAUUCCUAUACGCCAAAUUUGCUAGCUACAUCGCGAUCACGCGAGCAAAGGGUUGGUCUAGUGAUAAUACCACUAGACUUAAACCUGGAGGUCUUAAUUAGGUUCAAAUCCUCCCUCGAGUAGUAUCUAACCACAAAAAAUAAACCUACAUCACCAUGGUUAUUGCCCACAAAACCUUGCUAGCGACGGAGGUUCUGGUGGUGACCAUGGUGAUGAUCAUGGCACGUCCUUCAGUCCAGCACACGGUUCAUGUUACGAACAAGUUACAAGACAGGAUACUGAUAGUGCAUUGUCAAUCCAAAAACGACGAUCUCAAUGCCCACGCGGUGCCCGUCGGCGAGAGUUUCCAGUGGAGUUUCGAGCUGAAUGCGUUCGGUGGGACGUUCUUCUGGUGCAAACUCGCCGUCCAAGAUAAGCGUCUUAUUUUCACGGCGUUUGAUCAUUAUGGACGAUACACCGUGUACUGGUACGUUCAUGAUGAUGGGGUUUAUGGGAAGGACAAGUACAGCAAUGAUGUGUUUUUCAAAGCUGCAUGGGGGCGAGUCUGCCACGCCAAUUAACCAGUUAAGCAAUUAUAGUCAUACGUCUUAUACAUUAUAUAUGCAUAGUAAAUUAAGGAUUGAUGCAUUGACAUGAGAUUUAAUUAUCACGCAUAAGAAAAAUGUUAGGUUAUG